UAGUUUAAUCCCUCACUCUCCACCCAAUCACCACCCACCACCUCAUCUCUCCCUCUCCGAUUUCCCCAUAAUGCCCUCCACGCCGGCGUCCCAUUGGUCCGUGACCGCAGCAGCCUGACUAUUUGAACCCUCCGGGGCCGCAGUUUUAGCACAAACAACGGCCGCAUUCCGCUUCCUUCCGAAAAACCCUAUCAAAGAAAGAAAGAAAAGGAGCAGACGCACCGCCGAGUCGACUCGUUCAUUUCGGGGGACCGAGUUUUGACUCGCCAACGCAGCUAUGGGUGACGUGGAUAGUUCUCGGGAUUUCCUCAGGGACGUCAAGCGCAUCGUUCUUAAGGUUGGAACUGCUGUUGUGACCAGAAACGAUGGAAGAAUUGCGCUUGGGAGAUUAGGCGCGCUUUGUGAGCAGCUCAAGGAGUUGAACACUCAAGGAUAUGAGGUUAUAUUGGUGUCGUCAGGAGCUGUUGGCCUCGGCCGCCAAAGGCUCAGAUACAGGAAAUUAAUUAACAGCAGUUUUGCUGAUCUCCAAAAACCACAAGCUGAAAUCGAUGGGAAGGCAUGUGCAGCUGUUGGACAGAACUGUCUGAUGGCUCUCUACGAUACGUUGUUUAGUCAGUUGGAUGUGUCAUCAGCGCAGCUCCUUGUAACAGAUAGUGAUUUUAGGGAUAAAGAUUUUAGGAGGCAACUUAAUGAUACGGUGAAAUCAUUGUUAUCUUUGAAGGUUGUUCCCAUAUUUAAUGAAAAUGAUGCAGUCAGUACGAGGAGAGCUCCAUAUGAGGAUUCUUCUGGAAUAUUUUGGGAUAAUGAUAGUUUAGCAGCUCUUCUGGCUUUGGAGCUAAAGGCUGAUCUUCUUGUUCUUUUGAGUGAUGUUGAGGGCCUGUAUAGUGGGCCUCCAAGUGACCCACGUUCCAAGCUUAUCCACACCUACAUAAAGGAGAAGCAUCAGACUGAAAUUACUUUUGGUGACAAAUCUAGAGUGGGAAGAGGGGGUAUGACUGCUAAAGUAAAAGCUGCCGUUAAUGCUGCUUAUGCUGGCAUCCCCGUUAUUAUCACCAGUGGAUUUGCUCCCGAAUGCCUCACUAAAGUCCUUCAAGGUCAACGUAUUGGUACCCUUUUCCAUCAAGAUGCACAUUUAUGGUGUUCAUUCAAAGAGGUUGAUGCAAGAGGGAUGGCAAUUGCAGCAAGGGAAAGUUCCAGACGUCUACAGGCCAUGACUUCAGAGCAAAGGAAAAAAAUUCUUCUGGAUAUAGCCGAUGCCAUUGAAGCAAAUGCUAAUAAGAUCAUUGUUGAAAAUGAAGCUGAUGUUUCUGCUGCACAACAAGCGGGAUAUGAAAAAUCCUUGAUAUCUCGCCUGGCUCUAAAGUCUGGCAAGAUUACAAGUCUUGCAAAUUCUGUUCGCGUGCUUGCAAACAUGGAAGAUCCAAUUGGUCAUGUUUUGAAAAAGACUGAGCUUGCAGAUGGUCUUGUCUUAGAGAAAACAUCAAGUCCAUUGGGUGUUCUCCUGAUUGUAUUUGAAUCCCGUCCUGAUGCACUAGUACAGAUAGCUUCAUUAGCCAUCCGAAGCGGGAAUGGGCUUCUCUUGAAAGGGGGAAAGGAGGCUAGGAGAUCAAAUGCAAUUUUACAUAAGGUUAUCACAGAAGCCAUCCCAGAGAGUGUUGGUGGGAAGCUAAUUGGACUUGUAACUUCAAGAGAGGAGAUUCCAGAUCUGCUUAAGCUUGACGAUGUGAUUGAUCUUGUGAUCCCAAGAGGCAGCAAUAAACUGGUUUCUCAAAUCAAGAAUUCGACCAAGAUUCCAGUUUUGGGGCAUGCUGAGGAUGAAGAUAUUCAUUUUAGUGAACCAACCCGUAUUGUUUGGUACGUAGAUGGAAUAUGCCAUCUCUAUGUUGACAAGUCUGCAAAUAUGAAUAUGGCAAAGCGAAUUGUUUUGGAUGCAAAACUAGAUUAUCCAGCAGCCUGUAAUGCAAUGGAAACACUUCUUGUACAUAAGGAUUUAGUGCAUACAAUUCUCUUCAAUGAUCUCAUUGUUGACCUUCGCUCUGAAGGGGUUACAUUAUAUGGUGGACCAAGGGCAAGCGCGUUGCUCAAUAUUCCAGAAGUUCAUUCGUUUCAUCUAGAAUACAGUUCAUUGGCUUGCACUAUUGAGUUAGUAGAUGAUGUACGUGCAGCCAUUGAUCAUAUUCAUGAACAUGGAAGUGCACAUACUGAUUGCAUCAUUGCAGAAGACCAAGAAGUUGUGGAUCUGUUUUUAGGUCAAGUUGACAGUGCUGCUGUUUUUCACAACGCAAGCACAAGGUUUUGUGACGGUGCUCGAUUUGGACUUGGUGCAGAGGUUGGGAUAAGCACAAGUCGCAUUCAUGCUCGGGGUCCUGUAGGAGUAGAAGGAUUAUUAACAACGAGAUGGAUUCUGAGAGGAAGUGGACAAGUAGUGAAUGGUGAUAAGGGGAUCACUUACACCCACAAGGACCUCCCAAUUGAGCCCUAAACUAUCCAAAAAUGACAGCAUCCUAUUUCCAGCUGGUUAUUUCGAGAGUGAUAGAGAGAGAGAAUAAGAGAGAAUAAGUAGUGCGCAGGCUAUUAGCCUGUUGUUCUUAUGUCAUCUGUAUGAUUAAUAGUGUAUCCGACUCACAUUAGUUAGCGUAUUGAUAGCUCAUUUCAAUGAAAUCAUUUCUUACUAUUAUCUCCUCA